AUCAUAGGUGCUGGUAUGGCCGGAUUAUCAGCAGCGCAUCGAUUGGCUCAAUGCGGUUUUCACAAUUUUACAAUUUUAGAAGCGACAGAUAGACCGGGUGGUCGAAUUCAUUCUUGCUGGUUGGGCGACGUGGUGGCGGAAAUGGGUGCCACAUGGAUUGAGGGUGGUUGCAUGGCAAAUCCGGUGUUUACUUUGGCGGCGCAAGAAGGUCUUCUGAAGUCGCCGCUCUCCAGACCGGAUCCUAGUCGCGGACUCUUUUAUACCAGUGAUGGCAGAGCCAUCGAUCUUCCGGUCAGCAUCACAGCGUAUCAUACUUUCCGGCAAAUCGAGCAGCAAGCGGCGGCUCUUUUCGCCCUUGGCUGCGGCCGUGCCCAUGGUACGUUGCUGAAUUUUAUGGGAAUCAGAAUUCAGCAGGAGCUGCAGAACUUUCCGGAGGAGCAACGAUAUGAUGCUGCGAGGGUGAUGUACGGUAUGACGAAUUGUGUAAGAUGUCGAUGCGGAGAUGAUCUUUCGCUCGUCUCAGCUGAUCAAUUCGGCAGUUAUAUCGAGAUUCCCGGUGGCAAUAUUAGAGUGCCCUUAGGAUACGUGGGAGUGUUGGCUCCCCUGUUACGAAAUUUGCCUAGUUCUUGCAUCAAGUAUUGCAAGCCAGUUAGUUGCAUUCGAUGGGGUACAGUGAAUGAAGCGUGCCCUCGGGCCAUCAUAAAAUGUCGCGAUGGCGAGGAAUUUCCCGCUGAUUAUGUCAUCGUGACUGUUUCGCUCGGAGUUCUAAAGCAUCAGCACGCGAAAUUAUUUUUACCUGGCUUACCUGCUGAAAAAGUCGAAGCGAUCAACAAACUUGGCUACGGGCACGUUAACAAAAUCUUCCUGGAAUAUGCGAGGCCCUUCUGGGUCUGGCGCGAAGGUGGCAUCAAUUUGGCUUGGUCCGUUGAAGAGUUAGCGGAUAGAAGUGAUUGGGUGAAAGGCGUGGUGAGCGUAGAAGAAUUGCUGAAUUCUCAGCAUGUGUUAUGCGCCUGGGUAUGUGGACGCGAAGCGAUGGACAUGGAAUUAUGUUCCGACGAAGAAAUAGUAGAAUCGAUGACGACGCUUCUUCGUCAAUUCACUGGCGAUCCCACAUUACCUUAUCCAGCCAACAUUCUCAGGACCAAGUGGUGCAUGGAUCAAUAUUUUUCUGGGGCUUACAGUUACAUGGCGAUGGACAGCACCAUUGGUCAUCAAUGUGAUUUGGCUAGUCCAUUACCAGAUUCGUGUGAAUCGGUACCGCCUAUACUUUUAUUCGCGGGUGAGGCUACUAUACCAGGACAUUAUAGUACCGUGCAUGGUGCAAGGCUCAGCGGUAUUCGUGAAGCGGAAAGAAUCAUUCAAUUGACAAAACGACUUCGUGGUCCGCCGAAGAAAGUGCCCGCCAAAUCUUAA